ACCAUUUCUGAAUCUGUUAUUGGCUUGAUCUUGUACAGAGUUUUGUUUUUAUCUGCUGUUUGCUGUUACCUUAUCGAAGACUAAUUUUGCAGUUCUCAUCUCUAAGAUUAACAUAGUUGUGAUGCUUUGGAAAGAUGUGUAUAGAUUCAUAUCUUUUAAUCUAUGGUGGUGGAUUAAUCUUUUAGAGAACUGUGAUAUUUCACUGCAUGUAAUUCUUUUGUUCCUGGAAAUAUCUUUGCAGCCUCAACCUUUUCCCCUUUUCAGAUGCUGGGGUUAUGCAUAAGCUCCCAAAUAGUUAGAAUUUGUUGAUAGUUCCUCAUGAACAUUAGGAGUUGGACCUGAAGCUCCCAACUUAACCCUUUGACGACUAGUCCCCAGUAAAUCAGGGGACUCGCUAGCGAUUUUGUUCUCAGAGAGUUGAUUUUCAUCUGCCAACUUAGCUUUUCAUGCAACUCCUUCGUCUGCUUAUGUGUGUGUUUUCCAUAAUUUACUAGAUUUCAAAGUGGUUUGUUCAGAUUAAAUUACUGUUACUUGACACGUAGCUCCCUUGUUAUGCAUCAAUUAUCGAGUAACUGAAACUGGUCAAUUUCUGUGUCUUGCUUAGCUUGGCUCGGAAAAUUAUUUGAGAAACAAGAUUCCAAUAAUCUUCAGGUAAGGAAGAAAAGAGCAUAUUUCAUAGAUUUGUUACAAUAGUUGGUUUUGUGAUCUUCCCUCUUAUCCUCACCAAAAACAAUUCAAAUCCAUCAUCCAAAGCCAGAGCCAGAGCCAGGAUAAAGACGAGAAAAUUUGGCAUUGGCCCUGUAGAAGCCAGAAGGUUAUCUUAUAGUACCUGGAAAAAAUAACAGAAGAAAGUUUAUAUAUCAGCUUUGAGACCAUGAGAUCAAUAGGGCAUAUAUGGCAACAUUGACUAUUAUGUUUCAAUCUGGUGAUCAGAAAUUCAGAGUAUAGAUUUUGCUCCAAAUAGCUUCCUCAUCAUGGAACAUCUGAAGUUUGAUCUUGAAAAGGAGGCCUCUUAUGAAAACAGUUCUGAUAUUAGCAGCCAGGUAGCAUCCAACAUAUCAGUGCAAGAACACUUCAUGGAUCCCCGCAAGAGCAUUUUGUCAGAAUCUUCUCAACUUACAGAUGUGACAACUGAACUAGGUUCAGAAUAUUUAUUACUCGACUUAUCUCUCAACUUCAAAUCAAGUACCAAUGAAUUAGCUUGCCAGGAAUCAAAAGGAUUUUCAGUUUCCAGCACAAGUGAAAGUAGCAAUGAACCCGCAAACCAAACCAAAGUGGCUGCCACCCCACGAGUUUUUCCAUGCAACUUCUGCCAAAGAAAAUUCUACAGCUCACAGGCACUUGGUGGUCACCAAAAUGCACAUAAGAGAGAGAGGACAUUGGCAAAACGAGCAAUGAGAAUGGGAAUAUUCUCAGAUAGAUAUGCCAGCUUGGCAUCCCUGCCUUUGCAUGGAUCUUCAUUCAGGUCCUUAGGAAUAAAAGCACAUUCUUCAGUUCACCACGCCUUUGCAAUAGCUGGAGCAGGAAGGCCACCUGAUUUUGGAACCAGUGCACGAUUUGAACAGCCAUACAUGGCUCAGCCUAUAUACAUGGAGGAUGAUCCAGAGCUGUUAUGGCCUGGUAGUUUUCGACAGGUAGCUGAUCCUGGAAACUCUCCUCAAAGUUUUAUAGUAACUGGAAGUUCAGGCCUGGAUUUUGCAGAGCUCAAUCCACCACUGGAAGAGGAUCAUUUUGCACCUGAUCUCACUCUUAGACUUUGAAAAGUGUGCAUGACAGCAAAUGGCUUUAUUGCUUUGCUAUUUUCAGUUUUUCUGUACAGUGAGACAUAAAUUGGCAAAGCCGCAAGUUCUGGGGUAGAGCUUUUAUUAGCCACUUUUGGCUUGGUGAUCAUUUGUUUCAUGAUUUUCAGCAUACAGGAUUAUUCAGAUUGAUGAUCUGCAGCUACUGUUUCUGCAGUUAGACCUUUUACCGGGGCCUCAAGAUCACGACUGAUAUGCCAUCCAGUGAUCAGAUUGAUGUAUUGAACUACUGUUAGAUUUCUUUCUCUUCUUUUUGUCCUUAACUUAUGGUUAACAACUUGAUGUAAUUUGGGUGGACAGUGUCAAGAGUUUGUACCGAUAAUCUAGUAGUAUUUAGAUUAUAGAUUGUGCAUUCUCACUUUUGUUCACUAUAUGAAAUGUCACUCCUGUAGUCCUGUUAAA